AUGAAGGGCUUCCUCCGGCUGUUCUUGAGCUACUUGGUGGCGGACCUCCUCACCCUUUUGUGCCGGGCGCAGGAAAAAGCCGGGCAGCACCUGGGCAGCAUCGUCAUGCUCUCCGGGGGGAACCAGAGCCGAGAAGGGGAGCAGCACGUCGACGCCUCGGAGCCGCCCCCGACCCCGGAGGAAUGCAGGGGCUACUACGACGUGAUGGGCCAGUGGGACCCGUCGUUCAAUUGCAGCGUCCGGGAAUACCCUUUCUGUUGCGGCACUUGUGGCUUUCGCUUCUGCUGCAAGUACCGGAAGGGCCGCUUGGAUCAGGAUAUCUGCACCAACUACAUCAAGCCCCCCUGGCUGAACGGGCGCAAGACGCCCAACCGCCCCGUCGACCCUUCCCACGACCCCACCCGAGACAAAACCAACCUCAUCGUCUACAUCAUCUGCGGGGUGGUGGCUGUCAUGGUAUUGGUGGGCAUCUUCACCAAACUGGGGCUGGAGAAAGCGCAUCGACCUCAGAGGGAACACAUGUCCAGGUAAGGCGAGGCUUAACCACCUUUUUUCGGAUGUUGUGUGGUGGGGGAUGACGACCCGCGAACUCAACCCGAGCACAGAGGCGGCCACCUGCCCGAGUCUCUGUGCGCGUGUUGAGCCUAAGAAAGAACUCCCGCUGGCCUUAAAAGCCAUGACUACAAAACCACCGUCGCUGGAGUCCCCCGCCUCCCCACUUUCUUCAGGGCGCGCUCUCUCCCCCUCGAUAGGGCAUGUAAGAACCAGUAGCCACCCCCUGGUGUGUUAGCCAGAUGCUUGCACAGGGAUUAACGCACAUGUCUUGGCGCAGCGGCGGCCGAGCAGCUCCAGAUAGUGAAAAGAUUGGGUGAGGGGCGCGCGCGCACAGAAGCUCACUCAUGAUGGAGAAGCGCAGCAACAGCAAAAAAAUAACAAAUGUGGCGUUUAACUCUGCUUCCGAGGUCUGCCGGUAACUCUCUCUCUCUCUCUCUCUCUCUCUCUCUCUCUCUCUCUCUCUCUCUCUCUCUCUCCACCGCUUUCCAACUGUUGCGCUUACGGGGCAAACUUCUCCGCAGUGGCUUGUAAAUACUGUCUCUUUCUCUCUCACACCCACCCCUUCAUUUGAGCAUCUCCUUGGUUUCCAGGUACAAAGCGGGCACAAUCUCAGCUCGCGGGUGCAUGAGCCUCCACACCUGAGAAACAGAACCUGCUCCCUAAUAUUGAAAGGAAAGGAUGAAGCACAGCAGGGAGAUUGCAGAGAAGGACCCCAGACUGAGGGUCUUGAUGAGACAGAGGUUCAUAUAAUAUCUCACUUUACAAUGAGGCCAAUGGGGAGGUGGACAGGCGUCUCUGUGUUGUGUUGUAUGCUUUGCAUCUAUCAAGUAACUGGCUGUUUCAGAUCAAAUAUAACACACACACACACAAUGGCAAAUUAAGCUGAUGGGUGCUGCUCUACUCACAAGCUGGCGAUCAGGCAAGUGGGCACAAUCCCACUUUUGGCUGCCUCUCCCUGCCAUUCUAAAUACACACACGCGCACACACUCCCCCCAAAUUGUGUCAACAGUAGAGAAUCAAAGACCCAACCCGUUUGUCAAAUCAUUCGGUCUGUCUGAUUCAUUAUGCUAAUCCCCAACACAUGAAAGCAAAACAGAUGGGGAAAGACAUUUGCAGAUAAAAUAAAAACAAUUACAAAAAAGAGAGAAGCAGCAGCAGCAGCAAAUAGCUCUAUUAAAUUGAUCCCAGCAUAGCCAGGGGAACUUUCAAGAUGAAGGCUGGAGUUGCCAGGAUGCCUUCAGAUGGACAGGGCUGUUUUGCUCUGGAAAGGUAUAACUCAAAGGUAGUCUGGUUCCUCAUCUCUUCCCGGUCUCCUCCUUUCCCCUCCCAUGGACUCUGCACCUGGAGCAUCUCCUUGUCCAAGAUCCUGCUAUUGCUUUGUGAUUAACAGCCUCCCCCUGCAACGAGACACCCAAAAUAGGAUUCAGAAUGCAUCACCCGUUCUUUCACUAGCAAUUAUUUGCUAUUUAUAAACUGGCUGAUGGGUGAUCAUUUUUACUACCAAGGAGGAGAGCAGCAGAGCACAGGAAUUCGCAGGCAACCCAACAUGCUGUGAAUCCAGGGUUACAAGUGGAGGGUUAUCCAAAAAUGCCCUCCUGGGCUUGAGGCGGCUCAGCCACUAAAUGAAGGCCAAGAGCAGGUGGAGAGUGAGAUUCCAUUCUGCCCUCUGCCCCUCAAAGCUUGGCAGAGGUUUGGGCACCCUACUGCCUCCCUGCCUCUGCUUCUAUAGUGUCUAUGUGGACAGGUAUGCUGAAAAGGUGACACGGCGACAAUGAGCAGGACAACCUCUGAGCUAGGAAGGGGAAGUGAUUGUUUGCCUCUGGUUAAUUUGUGGCAAGUGCCUGUGCUCAUCGUUCAGAUGUUCAGUUCCAUGCAAAGAUUGUCUUGCAGAGAAGCAGGAGCCUCCCAGCAACUCUACCUGUUUCCCCUUGUGGGUCUUUUAUGCUUGGAACACUCUCUCUCUCAGGUUCUUUAGAUGGAGCUACCCAGGGAAGGCCCAUAGCUCAGUGCCUUUGCAUGCAGAAGGACACAGGUUCAAUCCCCAGCAUCUCCAGGUAAGGCUGGGGAAAAUCCCCUUCCUGAAACACCCAAAAGCUGCUGCCAGUCAGUGCAGAUGGCACUGAGCUAGAUGGACCAAUGGUCUGAUUCGGUAUAAGGCACCUUCCUAUGUUCCUCUUCAACUCCCUCCUUAAAACCCAUCAUUUAUACAAAUCCCAUGCUUAACUUCUGCCCGCCUCCCCCCAACAUCUUUUCCCAACCUCAAGGAAGUCUAAAUAUCCCAGAAAGGGGAAGAUUAGGCAUUAUAAAUAGAGGUCUUCAAAUAUCUGAGAGAGAUGGGGCUAAUUCAUCCCCAGUUAAUCUGGAGUAUAGGACUCAAACCAACAGAUUCACAUCCCAGCAAAGCGAAUGGCAACUAAACAUUAGGAAAUAUGUCCUGGUGCUAAAAGCUGUUCAGCAUUGGAACAGAGUAUUUCAGGAGGUGAGGGUUUCUCCUUCAUGAAAGGUGCUCUUUUUUUGCAAAAUUUGGAUGUCUGCUUAUCGGUGAUGCUGAACUCAUGGAUUUUCUACAGAUAAACUCUGAGGUCUCUUCUAACUCUAGAAUUCCAUGCAUUUGCCCCAUUUUUCCCUUUAUUGCUUUUGCCACACUUCUCUUUCCCUUCUCACCUAUCUUCUUCCUACUAGCAAAGCUUCAUUGGGGACAGCUGCCUUUUUGUGUAUGUGCUUAUUCUAUAAAGUUGUCAUAUAUAUAUAUGACAAAUAUUGCAUACCCUAAACUGCUAGUUUAUUCAUGCAACAGAGCAGCUGGGAUUGAGGACACUUCAGCAGUGAGAUGGUUGCCGGAGUGAUUCUCAAGGACGAAGAUACAUAGGAAAACGUGUCCAAUGAAUGUACCAUUUUUGGAUAAGCCAAUAGCUCAUAGGAGAGCACAUGGAAUGAAUGCAAAAGGUUCUGUGUUUGAACCUUAGUAUAUCUAGCUGAAAGGGACCCCAGGUUGUUUCUUUAAACGGAAUCACAGGUCCUUUUCUGCCUGAGACCUGGAAAGCUGCUACUGGUCAGCAUACACAGCUAUAGCCUAUAUGUACAAAUUGUCUGAUCUAGUAUAAAGCAGCUUUUAAUGUUCAUUAAUGUUUGCUCAGGAGCAAUUUUCUGGGCUGAAACUUCUGCAAAGCAACUGGGGUCCUCUAUUGACAAGUUUUCCCAGCACAUCUCUACACACUUACAACUGCUGGAAUUACUCCAGGAGUCAUCGCUGGGCUGCAAAGGGGUCCACAGUAGCUCCCAAUACUCCUCAUUCCUUAGAGAAGGUGCUUAUAAUUACCUUUCUCAUUGAUCCUCAUCCAAACUUAAACGUCUUACCUGUUUCAAAUGCUGUUGAAGGAGGGAAGCUGUAUGGUGUUCACUUACAGAAAUCAUAAUCCCUCAACUCCCUGUUGCUCAUCUAACAGUGGUAUGAAAGUUUCUGGUGAGAUCUUGCUACUUAAGUUAAUGGAUGAGAUUCAUAAGGGGACGUGUUUCAAACCCCUUCUGGCCAGCAUCUGUCAAAAUUAAAUGGCUAGUCCUCAACAAGUCCUCUAUUGCUGCAGAUUAGUUCAUGAUAUUUGAACUCCACAGUGCUCUUUUGUUACCUGGUCUCCAAACUUAGGACCAGAAGCAGCUGAUGAAAAGAGAAUGAUAUGAUGGAAGGGAAGGGGCAGAAUCAGAUGCCUGCUUGGUAUAUAUUCAUGAAAAAUAACCAGGUGGGAAGACUUUAAAGAUUUCUGGUGGGGGUGGGGAGUGAAUUCAGGGGACAAUUAUCCAACGAGCUUAGGAAGGCAUAGGACACUUGCCACCAGGAAUUCAUUGUAAUUAAGUAAAACAGGAAUGUUACACAUUUUCAAUAGAGGAGAGGGACAAAUACUGGUGUCAUCAAGGCAGCACUUUGGGACAGACGUCCCAGGGCAAUGCUCAGCAGAAUGAGCAGUGCUGGUGUACCACAAGGAGAAAGAAAUUAAGCAACACACAUUAUCUUCUAAAGAGGAGUUCCCAUUUGACCAUUAAGUCAAGAUUGUAAAAGUACCUAACUCCACUGUUGGGGACAAAAAUAUUGUAUCCAUGGCUAUGUUAACAUUCCCUUUGCUGUUCUAUCUGGCUCUUCCAUCUACUUCGCCCCAUUCAUUUUGUGUGGCCCAAAGACUUUGGGGGAGAGAAUUGAAAUACUCUGGCUUGUCCCACUGAACUAGGUCACAUUUAAAGCACUCUGCUACCACUUUAAACAGUCAUGGUUCCACCAAAAGAAUCUUGGGAACUGUAGUUUGUUAAGGGUUCUGAGAGUUCCUAAAAGACACCUAUUCCCUUCACAAAGCUACAAUUCUCAGAGGCUCCACAGAGUGUGUGACAGAGGCAAGGGGCCAGGAGAUUGACCCAGCAGAGGGGACCAGUGAUUUAUGGGGUUUGGCACCCGUCACAAGGCAGGAGCAAGGGCAGGGGGAGGGGGAAGAGUCAGAGCAUUCUGAGAUGGAGGAAGGCACGUGGAAUGUGGUGGAAGAUGCAGAGGCUGUUCCAGUGACAGACGGGUCAGUAGAUUGCUCACCUUCCUAGAACCAGAAGGGGCUUGAAGUGGGACAACUUCCAUGCCAAAAAAGUCUCAGGUUGCAGGUGUGCAACCUGUCAGGGCAGGGUAUAUAAACUGGCAGAGAGGAGGGCAACAUUUUGGUGCAACUGCUCCUCAGGGUGCAGAUCUGAGGGACAGCCGUCUUGUUGCCAGAAGUGUGUGUGUGUGUGUGUGUAUGUGUAUGCAUGCACGCACACACGCACACAUCUGGAGCACUGUGGGAGUUGCUGUAAGUGCUUGUUUUGUCAAUGAAGACUGAAUUAUCAGACAUAUGCCUUCCUUAGCUGGGUGGGCCAGGAGAGGCAUAUAACUAGCCCCUGGGAGAAUAAAUUGCUGGACUAAAUGAGGCUUUGACCUGAUCAAACAGGCUCUGCUUAUAUUUCCUCCCAGUAAACAGCAGGAAUAAAAUCAAUCAACGUCCAAGAUUGGCCUGUGGUUGAUUUGAAAUCAAUGUUUACCCUUGCUCAGAAAAGUAGCAUUAAAAAAAAGAAACUUUAAUAACAGGAAUUUAAUAAUGGAACUUUAGCUGUGAACUGCGAUAAGCGAUCCUUUUAGCUCAGUCAUGUGCAUGCUUACUCAGAAGUUGACUUCAGUGGCACUUUCUUCCUUGCAGCAGCUGAAAGAUUGUCUUAGUGGCGAUCUGAGAUAAGAGAAUGAGGAAGUCCAUUUGGACAUGACAGAAGCAACAAAGUGUUUCAGGAGCUUGGAAGGGAAGUUGAAGCUCUUGCAGAAUAAACACAACAGAUGGGGAAUUGGAUGGCUGGUGCAUGGCUCAAUCUGUACAUCAGAAUUGCAAAUGUGUUUAAGAAUCGUCCACUCUCUGCACCACAACUCCACCCUAAUCAAUAGGUGGACAAUAUCUUUAUUAAGACUGUCCCCAAAUAGGGACCAAACUUUUGAAUUCUCCAAAACUAUUCAUCAGGUGGGAUGUUAAGCAAAACUCAGGCAUAGGUACCGCACUUUCAUGCAGCAAACCAAGGCAAUGGCCUCAUUCGUAAGAACAGAAUAUGAACCUGCUGGAUCAGGCCAAUGGCCCAACUCUUCCAGAACCCUGUUUCCACAGUGGCCACCCAGAUGGGAAACCCACAAGCAGGGACAUGAGCACAACAGCAUCCUGCCCCCUUAGGAUUCUCACCAGCUGGUAUUCAGGAGGCAUACUGCCUCCAACAGUGAAGGCAGAACAUAGCCAUGGUGGCUACGAACCAGCAAGCCUUGUUCUCCAUGAAUUUGUCUAAUCCUCUUUUAAUGCCAUCCAGGGUGGUUGCCACCAUUGUCUCCUGCGUCGAUGUGUGUGAUUAGCAUCUUCUGGGCUCCUGCUCACUUAACUCAAUGGUCAAUACUGUUGCUGCCGCCCUUCUACUUAGGCAUGGCUACUGAAUGGGCUGACGGGACCCCCUUCCUCAGUGUAGGCAGAGAGGCCGCCAGGGCUGCUGCCAGCAAAAUGGUUCAAAAAUAAGCACAGUGGUGGUGGUGGUGGGAUGAGGAGGGGAUGAGUGAAAGUGACAGCAGUGAGAGAAUCUGCAUUGGUAUUCUGCUGGCUUUGGAAGAAGCACACAUUUACACAAGCAUUCCCUUGACCUGAGUCUCCUGUUUUAAUGGCUGGGCUUUUAAAAAUUACAUUGCUUUAUUGCAUAUUUUAAUUGUGGAUGUUUAUAUUUUAAUAGGUUUGUUUCAUGGUGUUUUUAAAUUACCCUUGUUUGUUUUAAUGUUAGUGGAAAUGGUUUUUAUCUUUUGAAGACCACAUAGAAACCCAUUUGGCCAUUAAGUGGUAUAUCAACCAUUCAAUCAAUCAAUCAAUCGAUCAAUCAAUCAAUCAAUCAAUGAUAACAGGAGUGGGGUGUAGCAACAGCAGAGUUUGCUGCCUAAGGAGGAGCAAUGUCUUGCCCCAUAUCUGACGGUGGGGGUGUGGGGAGAGGAAAGAGAGGGGGGAAAGUUGGUUUGGGGUAACAUCAAACUUACAUAGCAUCUACCACCUAAAUCUAAAUAAAGUCCACUACAGUGAUACCUUGGUACUCAAACGGCUUGGCUCCUGAACAAAUCGGCUCCUGAACGCUACAAACCUGGAAGUGAGUGUUCUGGUUUGCGAAUGUUUUUCAGAAGCCGAACGGCCUCUGCAGCUUCCGAUUGAGUGCAGGAAGCUCCUGCAGCCAAUGGGAAGCCACACCUUGGUUUUCGAACUGGUUCUGGAGUCAAACAGACUUCUGGAAUGGAUUAAAUUUGAGAACCAAGGUACCACUGUACCUCUUUUUACACUCUAUCUUCAUAGCUGACCAUUAUCCUUGAUACCUAGUUUUUUAUGUGCAUAUAAUUUUGGGUAGAAGCCAUUGUUGUGCUAAGGAGAUCAUUCUGGCAGUGUGAGCAUUUCUGCUUGCUUGCUGAAAUGAACUCCCCUCUCCUUCCCCUCCCCCCCAUGCUCUGUUCUGGGGGCACACCUGAGCCCCCACAGAGCAGAUACGGGUGAGGCGUGUGCAGUUGGGAGAGGUAGGAAAGCCCCAUUGCACAAGCAAGAGUCCUUGUAUUGGCUUUGGCUAGUGAAAACCAUGAGUUGACUUCAGCCCCUAGUUUGCAUGUAGAUAUGUAGGGAGGAGUAUUCAUCCACAGGAGACCCUACUGGCAACUUAUAUAAAUCAGGGAUGGGGAGCUUGUGGUCCUUUUGCUGUUGCCCAAUUGCCAGUGAAGAUGGGAGUUGUAAUCCAACAAAAACAGGAAGUUCCGCAUUGCCGCUAUAGAUUCUCUAACUUGAUUGCAAGCCAGUGUAUUAGCUAUGAAUAUUAGCAGCAAACAACAAAGCUCCUAGUUUGAAAGCCCAUGAAUUAAUUCCCCAGGAACAAGUUGAGAUAUUGUUGCAGGAAAUGCCUCCGCAGACGGCAUCUGAAAUGUGGAUGUUCUACACAUGUCACACUUGGCUGGGCGUCUCUGGCCACUCAUAUGCAUACGUUUGGGUUUCAAGAAGCAGGCACACAUUUUGAUGAUGCCCAUGCUAUUUGGGUUUCUUGCAGGAAUUGUAUUGUAACUGCAAGUGGUCUUCUGCUAGGCUGCGAUGGCCUCCUUGUCUCAGCUCCCCAUUUUGCAAGUUUGUUCUGUUUCCAGUCUUCAAGCUGGGAGUGCUGUUGCUAAUGUAGCCAAAACAUAUUGCAUAUAUUGGAUUCCUAUUGUAUGUUAGCUCAGUGAACAAGACAUUCUUCCAAGUUUUCUGCAGCCAUUCUCUCGCUGUUGGAGUUUUUUUGUUUCUCCAAAACUGAGUAAGUUAUUGUUACGAAGGUUUCUAAAGCUGAAGAGGUUUGCACCGUUAAACUGGAUUAAAUCUCUCUGUUGUCCCAGUGCAAUAAAUCAACUCAAAAAACAACAACACCUGCCCAUCUUCUGCUUAGAAAUGUGAUGGGGAAAUGCACCAAAAUGCAUCCCAAACAGAGCAGGUGCGGAGUUGUGGCUCAGGUCGCCACGUUGGCCAUGAAGCUCACUGGUUGACCUUGGGCCUGUCACUGCCGCUCAGCACAACCUACCUCACAGGGUUGUUGUGGGGAUUAAAUGAGGAAGGGGGAGAACCAUGUACACUGCCUUGAGUUCAUUGGAGGAAAAGGGUAGGAUGUAAAUGCAAUAAAUAAUAAAGUGUGGAGCAAAUGGUUAAUGGGAAGGUGUAUAACCAUCACACAAACAAACCAAGAGAAAUUCAGGAGGAAAUGUUGCUUGCCAUAUGACAGCCUUGGAAGCAAAGAAUCAAGAGGAAUACUCAAUAGUCAAACACAGUCUAACCUCUGCUUAAGUGAACCAGGAUGAAUGCUCAAUAAACAGGUCAUUAGAUUUGCCACUUUUCUGCUCCCUGCCUCCCUGUCCCAGCACGAAGCCGUCUCCAGCAUUUGUGUAAAAUAUAUGCAGCUACCUUAAGCUUUGGCCAUUUUUUCUGUAUCAAAAAUCCUCUCUGAACUGACUGGAUCUGUGUGCUGUGUGUGUGUGUGUGUGUGUGUGUGUGUGCUUUUUGUGGAUUAUUCAGGAUCAGUCUAUAACUUGAGGCUGUAUUGGGAUAAUAUUCCCCUCUUAGGAGCCUAUUAAUGUACAUAGCUCUUUGGGAUCUUUGCUAGCUGCGAGUUUUUCCUCUGCUAUGUAGGCCAGCUCUGCAGUGGCGGGUCUUGAAGAUUUGCUUCUUAUUGAAGUGUCAUUUCAAAAUGCCCAAACUCAUUCUGGCUACCUGCUCUUACAAAUCUUCCUCCUUCUUCUUUUUUAACUGGAUCAAGAAAGCACAACCUUCUCCUCUCUAUUUUUUUAAAUAAAAAGAACCUGGUGAUCAGAAAUCCAUCUGACAUUUAAAUGACAUAAUACUGCCCCACAGUCAAGAAUCACUGAGUAUCAUGUGUAAUUAGCUCGCCAUGCACAUUAAAAGAGACUUCCAACAGUCUGAGAGUAAAAAAGAAAAAAAUCUGGAUUAAUUUUCUCCUCCCCUUUUUGCUGCACGUUUCUGUCAGUAGCAUCCAGACUUGGUUAGUGGUUAUAUAAUCUAUGCUAUCUAGAAGGGCCCAGCCAGACCAGGGACCCUGGCAUGGUUUAAAUCAGUGGUUCCUAAAGCUUUUUUUUUUGGUGGGGUGAUCAUUGCCCCUUGGUUCUAUAAAUCCACCCCCAGUGCCCCCUACCCUAUAAAAAGCAUAACCAGAACAGUAGUCAGCAUGACCCACUAAGGGAGAUAAAGGUAAAGGUAAAGGGACCCCUGACCAUUAAGUCUAGUCAUGGCAGACUCUGGGGUUGCGGUGCUCAUCUUGCUUUAUUGGCCGAGGGAGCCAGCGUACAGCUUCCGGGUCAUGUGGCCAGCAUGACUAAGCCGCUUCUGGAGAACCAGAGCAGUGCACGGAAACGCCGUUUACCUUCCUGCCGGAGCGGUACCUAUUUAUCUACUUGCACUUUGACAUGUUUUUGAACUGCUAGGUUGGCAGGAGCAGGGACUGAGCAACGGGAGCUCACCCUGUUGUGGGGAUUCGAACCGCCGACCUUCUGAUUGGCAAGUCCUAGGCUCUGUGGUUUAACUCACAGUGCCACCUGCGUCACUGAGGGAGAUAAUAACACAAAAAAAUUCAAAACAGUCACAAUCGAUUCACAUUUAUUCAAAGUCCAAUUAAAACUAUUUCAUGUAAUUAAUUCAACAUACUGAUGAACUUGAUCCAGUGAUAACAGCUUUUCAAAGUCUGAUAGUAAUUUACAUCUCCAGUGCCCCUUUGCUUGCUACCUGCUUGCCUCUUAGCGGACCUGGUAAUUUUUUGGGAGCCACUGGUUUAAAUCAUAGGUCUCCAGUCAGUGGGUCAGGACCCACAGGUGCAUUGCGAGGCCACACCAGAUGGGUGUCAGCAAAGCUGUUGCCAAUAUGUUAGAUUCCAUCUUAGGCUGAUCAGACCAAAGGAGCACUACAGGACCAGGACAUGUUCUGAUGAGAUGCUCAUUUUAUCAAUUUCCAUGAGUGCUGGAAUAUGGCAGGAGAAAGCUAUGAGCCAUUUUUUAAAUAGAUAUAUAUUUCUGGGAAACCACAUACUCAUUCCUUUCCCCUGCCAUAUUGCAGGACUGGUUUUCAUUUAGUAGUAAUCUUAGGCGGGACCUCAUAAAAACUAGGCUGCCCAAAGUGAUUUAUUCCCAACUAGGAAUGGGGAAGAAAUUUGAUUUUAAAGGCAAACCUAACCUAACUAGCACUUUCUUUCUGAAACAAUACACGGACUCAAACACAGCCAUCUUUGGAAACUCACACUUCUGCAGAUGUUGCAAGUAAUAUGUACAACUAGGUAUACACCAGGGUAAAGUGUGCAUAGGAUACUGAAAAUACCAUACUCAGAAGGAUCAUGUUAGGGAAAGUUGCUUUGCAAGAUGUGUAUAUUAGGAAAAACGGCAAAGAAAAAUGUGUAUAUCAGGAGAAAUUUGCACAAAAAUGCUGAUGAAUUUCCUUGAGGAUUUUUUUUUGGGGGGGGGGAUCAAGCUGAUGCAGAAUUGUGGAGAACUGAACUGAGGAAAUGUGAAGCCGAGAGAAACUGAAAUGGACACAUUCGCCCAUCCUUGUGCCUGUAGAGUUUGCCCAACUUUGCCAGCUGUGUCAAAGUUACUGCAGAUGGUGAAGUUGGUGAAGAUCUCACCCAUUUCUGUGAGCACAAAGUGGGGUGGAGUAUGGAGAAAUUCUACUGGAGGCAAUGCUUCUGGGAGCUUUAUAAACAAACCCACGAGAAUCCAGAAUGUGGGAAAUAUAUAGCUUCAGAUGACAUCAUGAAAUCAAAUCAGCAUGAAGGUGGUAUAUUUGCUUGGGGGUCUUGAGAGCUGGCCUCAUCCAAAAGUGUCUACACCUCCAGCAAAACCACAAAACAGACAGAAGUAGCAUUUGCAAAGUAUAUGUGUGUUUGUGUUCAUGGACUCUUCCCCUGAGUCCUCACUUCGGAAAGGAACAUUCUAAAAAGAAGCUUCCGCUGCUCUGAUAACAAGUUGCAGCCACCACAAACUGUUGCAGUAUAUCUUCCCACUCAAAUAUGAAUACUCCUGUCCAGGGUUCCAGCCAGCCAUGUGUGAACUCCUCAAGCAUGACAUUCUACUGUUUCUCUGGUUUUCUUUCCCAUCAUUAGAUAUCUCCUGGAGUUGACGGAGCACCCUCAGUCUUCAUUGUAUGUCUUUUUUAAAAAAGGAAUUUCAAAAAACCCUUUUGUGUGUGUGUUUUUUUAUUUCUCGUAUCUCAGGAGGCACCCAAGUUGGUUGAUACCUCCAUUUUGUUUUUAGUGGUUUAGUUUGGGCUUCUGUCCUGUUGGCAUGGGCUCACAAAGUUUGCUGUUAGUGGGAAGGGAUCUACCAAAAUUAAAAUUUAAGAGUCUAUUUCCAGGGCAGGAGAGAGAGAGAGAAAAGAGUUUGGAUUUGAUACCCUGCUUUAUCACUACCCGAAGGAGUCUCAAAGCGGCUAACAUUCUCCUUUCCCUUCCUCCCCCACAACAAACACUCUGUGAGGUGAGUGGGGCUGAGAGACUUCAGAGAAGUGUGACUAGCCCAAGGUCACCCAGCAGCUGCAUGUGGAGGAGUGGGGAAUCGAACCUGGUUCACCAGAUUACGAGUCUACCGCUCUUAACCACUGCACCACACUGGAGAGAGGGGGAGAGAGCGCCAAAGGUUUUAUGGAAGGCUGCAUCUAACUCUUUCCCCUUUCCCACCAUUCUUUAGGGCUCUUGCUGAUGUUAUGAGACCAGAAGCUCCCUGCACAACAGACCACAUGGAACGAGAUCUCAACAUUGUGGUCCACGUGCAGCACUAUGAGAACAUGGAAACGAGACCUCCUGCAAACAACUUGC